AUGGCUAAGUCAGACACAGCUCCCAAAAGAAAAAUUAAAUUUAAAGAAGAGAUAUCUAGUAAAGUAAACAUCAUUGACGAAACUAAGGAUGUGUUAAUACAGUUGAAAGAUGAGGCGGGUGAGACACUUGGCAGCACAUUCAACUUACCACUGAACACAAGUGUAGAGAAAUUACAAAAUAUCUGUAAAAAAUUAAAAAAUGAGGAUGACAGACAGCUGUAUUCAUUUUUUCUAAAAAAUGUAGAAAUAUCAACAAGUCUCUAUGAAACAAUAAAAGAUGAUAGAACGAUCGACUGUGAGUCGGUGCUUGACAUCAUCUACCAGCCUCAAGCAAACUUCAAAGUUCUGGCCGUGACGAGAUGUUCCAGUAGCAUCCCUGGUCAUGCUGGUGCCAUUCUCGAUGUUCAAUGCAGUCCCGACGGCAGAUAUCUAGCAAGUAGUUCAGGCGAUACGACUGUCAGGUUCUGGGAUGUCAACACAGAUACGCCGCAGUUUAUGUGCAAAGGUCACAAACAUUGGGUCCUGUUUGUCGCCUGGUCACCUUGUGGUAGGAAGCUGGCUUCAGGCUGCAAGAAUGGUUUGGUGAUGAUAUGGGAUCCAACAACAGGCAAACAGAUUGGUCGACCAUUGUCAGGACACUCAAAAUGGAUCAUGUCGAUUGUGUGGAAACCACUGCAUCUAGAUGGUUCGUCAAGGAUUCUCGCCAGCUCAUCCAAAGAUGCCACAAUUCGGAUAUGGGAUACAGUGCUGGGAACUUGUUUGAUGAUUUUAUCUAGCCACCUACAAUCUGUCACCUGUAUAAGGUGGAGUGGUGCAAAUUUGAUCUACUCGUCCUCACAGGAUAGGACUAUCAAAGUCUGGCAACCUGAUAAGGGCACCUUAUGUAGGACCCUGGAAGGACAUGGGCAUUGGGUCAAUCAUGUUGCACUCAACACUGACUACGUGAUGAGAACAGGAGCAUUCGAUCCUGCCGACGCCAACAAAAGAAAUAGAUUAGACUCGAGUUCCCAGUUAGAUGGUUUGUUGAUAAAAAAUUUAACAAAACGUGAACAGAAAUUGUGUCCCGAGAAGAUGGUGUCCUGUUCAGACGACCACACUAUGUCUCUUUGGCAACCUGAACAAGACAAGAAACCUCUGUGCAAGAUGGUUGGCCACCAACAGGCCAUCAAUGAAGCAGUUUUCUCACCAGAUGGCAGAUUGCUAGCCAGUGCAUCCUUCGAUAAAUCAGUCAAACUCUGGAAUGGUGUGUCUGGAACGUUCAUAGUAACAUUGAGGGGCCACAUUCAGGAAGUGUAUCAGGUGUGCUGGUCAGCAGAUAGCAGGAUGCUAUGCAGUGCCAGUGCUGACUCGACAUUGAAGGUGUGGGACAGCAAAGGCAAGCUCCUGUACGACCUGCCCGGACAUGCCGAUCAGGUGUACGCACUGGAUUGGAGUCCUGAUGGACAGAGAGUCGUCAGCGGCGGGAAGGACAAAGUGCUCAAAGUGUUAGUCAUGAUGAUGAUGACGACGUCGUUGUAG